AUGUCGAGAUCGGCGACUGUCGAGAAGCCAAUUGCUCAGUCGAAGUCGACUGGUCUGCAGAUGUCGAAGGUGAAAGCUCGAAAGCGCGCCUUGUUCGAGCUUUGGCACAAGGAGAAGUUGGCCGAAAUCGAGUCGUACAGCCGAAAGUGUGCUAACUCAUGUGAUCUACGCCUCUCCAUGAAGGAGGAACCUGACUCUGACCCUGACCCUCAGCCUCCGGUAUCUUCGCCAAGCUCUAUUAGCGCGGAUGCCAUAAUCGACAAGACACCUAUUCUUUCGCUGUGCCUGCAAAGUCCAUCUCCAGCAGCGGCUAGAACUCAGAACUGCUCCACGGAUCCAGUGAUCGACAGCAGCAUGACGACACCGUUGCAGUCGUCAGGUGGUAUUCAAUAUGCGCCAUGUUCGGUAGUGCCUUCGUUACCGACGUUACUGUCACAACCGACGCAGCUGAUUCGUUCGUUGACGUCGCCAAAACUGUCGCGUCACAACGACGCUGCUUUCUACCCGAACAUACAGUGUAUCCUAUGCAAUGAAUGGGUGUGCUCGCGCAACAGGUUCAUGCAUAUCGAAUCUCACCUGCAGUACAGGCCAUACAAGUGUAACAUGUGCGGCUACGACAACCGUAAGCAGAUCUUCAUCGACCUGCAUAUCAAACGCGUCCAUAACGGUACGGGCAAGGUGCUGUACCUGCCUGACGCCGAACUGGAGAAGAGAGCCUGGUCGAUCGCCGAGCAAUGCUUACAGCAUACCAGGGACGUUCUGAUGAACGACAGCUCCGGCGUCGAUCGUCCUGAUUCGAUCCGCUCCGUCACCAAUGGCGGCGGCGAUUCGCCGGCGAUCAACGACAAACGGCGAUCCAGCUGCGCGGCGGUCAGUCAGGACCUGAUUAAACCGUAUAAGGAUUUUUUUCGUCCCCAGAUCUUCAACAACCAAAGAGCAGAGAAGAGCCAGCUCAUUGAAGAAACGCGGCAACUUGGACUUAUUCCUGAUUUUUCUGCCGUUGCCGGCAGGGAAGAGCGUUGUCAACUGUGCCAGAGCUACGUCCUGAGGAACCAGUCCCUUUUGGAGGAACACGUUCGGAGUCACCUGUCGAAGCCGACGUACAGGUGUUUACUGCCGAAAUGCAGCCUGGUCCAUUUCUCUCGAAGCUUUAUUCAGCGGCAUACCAAAGAGGUUCACAAGACGCGCAAGACUGCGGUUGACCUGCUGGAGCACGAUGUCAAGAUCUUGCGCGAAUUCCUGAAAAUAUGCCCGGUUUGCUUUCCGAAGUUUUUCAUCGGUGCUAACCUGGAGCGCCUCAAAAGCAAUUACCUGCACAUCCUUGCCUACGACUGCUCUCAUUGUGAAUCUGCAGGAUCUGCGGACGACUUGGCACUGGCCACUCCUCCGUCGUCGUCGUCCAAAGACGAACAGGCGACGGCAAUGAAAUGUCUAGGGUGUCAUAAGAAGCUGCGACUUUUUCCGACUGACCAACAGGAUGUAUGUAGCAGUUGCUUCCAGAACGACGACACGGUUUACAGCGGCUCAAUCAUCUGUAAGGUGUGCUACGACAUGGUACCCGGCACAACGAUGAACCUAGAGCAACAUGCUCUCAAGCACAUGAGCACAUUUCCGUUCCAAUGCGCGUUUUGUGAGUUUUCAGACUGGAACUACUUCCUUGUCUCCAGACACUCAAUGAACGAGCACGCUGAAGACAGGGUGACCUUCAAAUGGGAACCAACAAUGUGGCGUACGCGCUGGAAGCUCCAGUUCAUUUCCUGUUUUGGCGAAGCAGAGAACAACUUUAAAGAGACACCCCGUGUUGAUGAUUCCUUAAGCACAGAACGAUGCUGUACGUUAUGCCUAAAAAAUGUUCCGGACUAUCCAGCCAGCCUUUUCCAGCACACGCUGAAGCACGUUAGCUCGCUCGUCUAUUACUGCAUCUACUGCCGGGAUCGAUUUCCGGAGCAAAAUCCCUUAUGUCUUCACAUCAGGUCAGAACACAAAGACUAUCCGGAGAUUCUUGUUACGAAUAACAAAGAAGUGGAAGGCGAACGACGUCGGAUUCUUGCCGUUUGUUUUCCGAACUGUUGA